AGUGGUCAGUUGAGAGCCACCCUUGAACAGGUCAGGAGACACCAGGCUCUCUCUUGAGCUGGGCCUGUUCAGGGUUCUGCAGGCAAGGCUGGGUGGUCGGAAGCUGAGAACUUCCUGCUAACAACCAUGUCAGCACCGAUAAAAUUUCCAUUUCGGCCCAGAGGAGCUCAGACCAAAGAGGACACGACCCCAAAAAGGGGGCUUCGGCGCUAUCUGUUGGAACUGAAAGAGAGCAAUAAAGAGUUCUGGUUGUCCGGGCACGCCGUGUUUAAGCUUCUGACUUUGGGCUGCAUGAUCUCCGCACUAGACUACUUUGAAUCAAUGCUCCCACAUCCCAUCCUGGUUCUGGUCAUCAGUAUGGAAGCGGCAAUCUGCAUAUUCUUCAUCUUCCUUAACACCUUAGCCAUCAACAGAUACAUUCCCUUCAUCUUCUGGCCUAUGGCGGAUAUCUUCAACAGCCUAUUCUCCUGUGUGUUCCUCGGAGGUGGCAUAUACUUUGCUUUGAAGGCUAGACGAGUAUUGCCAAAGCCCUACUUAACUGCUAUGAUCCUCAUGGGCGCUGCUGCAGUCUGUUGUUUCAUUGACAUGCUACUUCAAUUACAACACUUCAGAGGCCUUAGGAUAAGGAAGUAUGUGUACAAAUUUACAUUUUAG